UGAUCUGUCCAGAUGUUGCAGAGCAUCUCACAUAUCUGCCUGCUGGCCCUGAUGUCGCUGCUGAUGCUCUUCUCUCCUCUCGGAUGGAGCAAAGAGAGACAAACCCCAGGAUGCCACCUAUACCCCAUCAACGUGACGAUCCGCAGCGAUCGUCGCGGCACUUGCAAAGGGACCCAUCUGGUGUACGCCUGCGUGGGCUACUGUGAGUCCAGCGCUUUCCCGUCCCGAUACUCGGUUCUGGUGGCCUCAAACUUCACACACAACAUCACCUCUGCUUCACGCUGCUGCACUAUCAGCAAGGACGCCAAGGUCAAAGUUCGCCUGGACUGCCCGCGAGGUCGGCACUACGACGAAAUCGAGAUCCUGACGGCGAAGACGUGUCGUUGCGACAUGUGCCGCAAAUCCCGCUACUGACAUUUCAUCACUUCUGGACAAAAUGCUGGAUUCCAACAAUUCACCGCAUAAAAAGCAGAUUAUAGUUUACAGAGUUAAAAACAAAACAAAACUAUUUCAACAGAAAUUUUUCCACUUCUGUCCAUGCUUUGAAUAUACAAAAUAUGCCUAACUCAUCGAACUGAAAAUGUUUUACAUUUUUGUCCCUAAUUUUUCUUUAAUCAUCGAAAGCAAGAUGGCCGCUGUCCUGACACUUUCAGUUGUUCCUGGUCCACACCUGAAUCAAAUGAACAGUCAUGCUUAUGACUGAAUAAUUUGUCUCAGAAGACUUGUCUAAACUUAGCAGGACCCCUGUUGAUUAAACUCUAAAAUCCUGAAGAAGUCAACAAAAUUAGCGUUUUAUUCAUCUCAAGUUCUUUUUAAUUACUGGAUGAAAAAUGUGUUCUAGUUUCACUUUUAUUCCAUUUGUCAGUCAUGUUCUGUAAGAAAUCUUUUCUUGGAAAAAAGUGACAAAAGUGUAAAAACUGAACAUUUACAAAGCCUGGAACAGCAGUGUCCAAAGUGUGGCCAUUAGAAUGAUUCUGCAUGACCUUUGACAUUAGACAGACAUCUAAUAUCUAAAUGUCUCUCUGCAUCUGGAUUCUAGAUGCAGAGAGACACAGUCUCAAUUUUUUAGAGUAAAGUGUAAAAUGUUGGAUACAAAAGGUUUUUAGUCUUUUUAUGUUUUUUCUCUUAAUUCGCUUUUUUGAAGUCAAUAGGAAGUGAGAGCACAAACGUCCAGCAACAUUUACUAAGAUAAAGACUUGGACACAUGUUCAAUAAAAUAAGGAAAAUCAGACUUUUUCAAAGACCGAGUCUCUCCCUAAUCCAUUCUAAACAAAUCAUAAUUGUAGACAAAAAAUUUAAAUAAAUAAAAAAACGUAUGCUUUUCUCUAAAUAAAAAAAAAAUCUGCGACAUUGUUUUUAUAUUUCAGAGGUACGAUGAUUUACAA